CAGGUUAGAAAGAGAGGUUAAGGUGCUGCGCUGCCUCCCAAAUCUAAAUUAUAGAGUUGGUUUUUGUGCGUAUUAAGUAUUAUUAGUAGUUUGAUUAGUAGAACGUUUAUGUAUUUAGUCUAGUACAGUUUGUCAGGCAGUGUGUUACAGUUUAGUUGUCAGUGGCAAGUAAUGGUAUGAUGAGUAACGUACAACACUUGAACGGAAUGAACGGCGACUCCUUAGCUUCCCCUAGGAAGAGAUCACGCUCCACCCCCGAAUCAAAAGUGAUAGUGAUUUUAGGGGCUCAAUGGGGUGACGAAGGAAAAGGAAAAGUUGUAGAUAUGUUGGCUACAGAAGCUGACAUUGUAUGUCGUUGCCAGCCAAAUAUUAUAUACCAAAUAAAAGUCAAAUAUCUAAUUCNUCAUCUCUUACCAAGUGGAAUAAUAAACCCUAAAUGUACUUCGAUCAUUGGUAACGGUGUUGUAAUUCACUUGCCUGGACUUUUUGACGAAUUGGAAAAGAAUGUUAAAAAGGGCCUAAAGGAUUGGGAGAAACGUCUUGUUAUCUCAGACCGCGCACAUCUUGUGUUCGAUUUUCAUCAGCAAGUUGAUGGUCUGCAAGAACUUGAGAAGAGUGAAAAAGGUCAAAAAUUAGGUACCACCAAGAAGGGCAUAGGGCCAACUUAUUCUUCCAAAGCUACCAGAAAUGGAAUACGAAUUGGCGAUUUGCUGGGAGAUUUUCAGCAGUUUAGUGAAAAAUUCACUGGCUUGGUUGGGACAUAUCAACGGAUGUUUCCUACUUUAUCCGUUGACGUAGAAGCUGAGUUAAAACGCUAUAAAAAUUAUGCAGAAAAAAUAAGACCCCUUGUGCAUGAAACCGUUUCCUUUCUGGAUAAAGCUUUAAAAGAUGGAAAAACUGUACUCGUUGAAGGCGCGAAUGCUGCUAUGCUGGACAUAGAUUUUGGUACUUAUCCAUACGUAACAUCUUCGAAUUGCAGUGUGGGAGGAGUUUGUACUGGACUGGGAAUUCCCCCUCAUAGAAUUUCAACGGUAAUCGGUGUGGUAAAGGCUUAUACUACUCGAGUUGGAGACGGUCCUUUCCCAACAGAAUUAACUAAUGACAUUGGGGAUAAUCUUCAAGAAAGGGGCCACGAAAUCGGUGUGACCACGAAACGCAAACGACGUUGUGGUUGGUUGGAUUUGUUCCUAUUACGGUACACCAAUAUGGUAAAUGGCUACUCCGCAAUUUGUAUAACAAAGUUGGACAUUUUGGAUACUCUUCCCGAAAUAAAAUUGGGCGUUGGGUACAUACUGAAGGGACAAGAAAUUGACUACUUUCCGUCCAGUGUUUCUGAUCUGUCAGAAGUCGAGGUGAAAUACUUGACGAUGCCAGGGUGGCAGGCUUCAACAGAAGGCAUUCGAAAUAUUGAAGAUCUACCCGAAAAUGCAAAAAAAUACGUGAAGAAAGUCGAAGAAUAUUUGCAAGUUCCUGUGAAAUGGAUAGGAGUCGGCAAGGGUAGAGAAUCAAUUAUAACAAUUAAUUAAUAUGCACAGUUUAGAGUUGAUUAUAGUACAUAUACAUGUUUUACAAAAUUGCGUAGGCUAUAACAUAUACAUAUAACUUAUAUUCUGUGAUUUUACAAGUAUUUUUUGAAUAUUUGCCUCACAAGUACCGCUUCUUCAAUAAUAACAAAAUAUACCUACUAUUAUAUUGCUAAGAGGCAUUUCAUCAAAGGAAUUGUGCAGAUGUGCAACAAUUUUGUGGUAUUCUUUUUUUGCUUUCUAUUUGUGGGGUUUCUUGAGAUUCGGUUUAAAUUACCUAACACAAACACGUACAGGAUAAGACAUCCUGUAGUAUAUUACUCUAGAACCCUUCGAUAUAAAAUAAUUAUAUACUUGGAUUAAAUUUUGAAUUUAGAAGUAUUAGUUAUAUUAGCGUUUCCAAAAUGGAUUUGAAAGGAAAUUAUAUGUCCUAAAAAAUGCACUGCUAUUAAUUGUUAAUAUACUGCUUAUGCAUUAAGAUUUUAAUUAAUUAAUUACACUUACAUACCGGCGUUGUGAUUAGGUAAUUACACCAGUGAACUAAAGAAAUACUAAAAACUUUAAUCUCGAAGUUAACAUGUAGUUUUAUACAUAAUAAUUAAUUAAUAAGAAAAAAAAUUUGCCUGUAUUGUGAUCGUGUAAUGUAUAAAGGACU